AGAGAUGGAAGCUUGAAGGCAGUGAUGGAUCUGGUCGGGCUUUUCAACGCCACUUGAAAAUAUGCCAAUGGAGAUUCUGAGAGACUGAAUUUGCUGAAAUCGGUCUGUUCCGAAGCAUGUAUUGAUUUGCUCGACUUGAAGCUGUACGCAUGUCUUCUUGAAAAGAGUAUUACACUUUGAGAAAGAUAUUUUUGUUUUUGAAGAGCAGAAUUACCUACCAAUGCUGGGUAUAUUCAUUAGCAGUUUGGUCGUUAUAGAGAAGAGGACCGGAUUGGUGGAGGUUUUCUCAGAACGGGUUCAGAAGCUCUGGAAUGAAUGGGAGCUCCGAGUUCUGGUUCUUCUUAGCCUCCUGUUACAAGUCCUUCUCAUCUUCUUCGGCAGCAGUAGAAAGUACACGGUUAGUAUCUGGGUGCGGAUCAUUCUUUGGUUAUCUUACUUGUCUGCGGAAACCGUGGCAACUACUGCCCUUGGUGCCCUCUCCCACGGUCAAGGACAUCCUGGCAGUAAUGAAUUAACGGCUCUCUGGGCACCAUUUCUUCUGCUGCACCUUGGUGGCCCUGACACCAUCACUGCCUACUCCUUGGAAGAUAAUGAAUUGUGGAUGAGGCAAUUUCUUGUACUAGUGCAACAAGUUUGUAUUGCAACUUAUGUUUUGAUCAGGUCCUGGUAUUAUAGCAGAGUCUCCAUUCUUACGGUCUUCAUGUUUAUCCCUGGAAUUGUCAAGUAUGGGGAAAGGAUAUGGGUUCUUCGGUUGGCAAGCAAGGAACAAUUCAGAAGCUCUUUGCUAGAUCCUCCAGAUCCAAGCCCCAAUUAUGCCAAAUUCAUGAACGAUUAUGCUUCUAAGUAUGCUGAAGAGUCCGGAGUCAGAGUCACCGGAAGAAUGAUUGCAGAAGUUAUGAUGCAGAUGGAGGAGGGAUCGCAUACCCAAAGCGAAGAGGACGACGACUCACGUGCCCAAAGUGAAGAAGCUCAGCAGAAACCAAAUCGGUUAUCCAACCUUUCAGAUGCAGAGGUUUUGCCUAUGGCUUAUAAAUUCUUUGAGACAUUCAAGCGUCUCUUUGCGGAUCUCAUCCUAAGUGAACACGACUGGAAGGAGAGCAGAGAAUUCUUCCAAAAGAAUUCAUCUAGAACGGCUUUCAAAGUGAUCGAGAUGGAACUAGGGUUCAUGUAUGAUUUACUUUACUCAAAAGCUGCCUUGGCUUAUUCCUACAAAGGCUCCAUAUUGCGCUGCAUCAGCUUCUCUUCCGUGAUCUUUUUGCUUGUGGCCUUCUUGACGGGUGAUAAAGUCCAUCACUACUUGGACGUGGACAUAGUCAUAACUUACCUCUUGUUCAUCGGAGCAUUUAUUAUUGAAGUUUAUGCUAUCUUCAUUCUGAUUUCCUCUGACUGGGCAUUCCUUUGGCUGAGGAAAAACAAUGUGAUCAACAGCAUUCCACUAGUGUCGAAUGCUUUGAAGAAAAGGCUGUCUUCCAGGAAAAGGUGGUCCAAUUUCGUUGCGCAAUAUAAUUUUAUAAGUCUUUGCGUGAAAGAUAAACCAUCGAAAAUACUACCUAAAAUUCUGCGGCUUCUCUGUGUUGACAAAUUACUAGAAAACUACUGUCACACAUUUUAUACAGAAGUCCUCUCCAGGUCAAAAGAAUUUAUAUUCAAAGAGCUCCAUAUAAAAUCAAGAAAAGUUGCGAAGAUUGGUGAUAUCAAGAACUUGCGCACAAGUAUAAGUGAUAGUGUACUUCAGAAGAUCGACCAUCUCCGAGAUAAGCUGAAGUGGAGUCUGAAUGAUGUAGAUUUUAACAAAAACAUUAUUCUAUGGCAUAUUGCUACAGAUCUCUGCUAUGAGUGCCAUGAUGAUAUUUCACCUAUUACAGUAGGGAAACGGGAAACAAGCAAGUUAUUAUCAGAUUACAUGUUCUAUCUUCUUAUGAAUCGUCCUUUUAUGUUGCCUGAAGGGGUUGGCCAAAAUUGGUUCCAAGAUACUUGCGAAGAUGCUAAGCAGUUUUUCAAACAAACAAAAUCAGGAUUCAACAAAAUUGAAGCUUGUGAGAAGUUGCUAGAGUGGGGCACUAGUCGAACCAUUGACCCAAAAGGGGAGAAGAGCAAGUCUGUACUAUUUGAUGCAUGUAGGCUUGGAAAUAUUUUACGAUCCUUGAAGGAAGAGGAGUCGGACAAAUGGGAGAUAAUGAGUCUAGUGUGGCUCGAGAUGCUAACUUAUGCUGCAAGUCAAUGUAGAAGGCCAAACCAUGCUCAGCAACUUAGACGAGGGGGAGAAUUUAUCACUCAUAUAUGGCUUCUAAUGGCACAUCUUGGUAUAACAGAACUGUUUCAAAUUCCAGAGGAGCGUGGGUCUGUGAUAUAUUGAUUUUGAUUUCUAGGUAACUAGGCUAGAAGAUAUCAUUGCAGCCAUUAUUGUUCUUAAAUUUUGAUUGCGUCAUUGUCCUUACUUCUACCAAACAAAUCUAAUGUGUUUUUAUCUCUUAUUACGAGUCCUUGUUGAAACCUCAUAUGGUUCUUAGGUUAAAGGGGAAAAGAUAAUUUUGAAAACAACAGCACUGAAUCAUGUUAUAUUUUUUCCUCUUUACCUCUUAUUUUGUAUGUGUAGAAGGCAAGGGGCCUCCUGGAGAUUAUGUAUUAUAGUUGGGUUUGAAAUUUAGUUCGCAAGUUGAUGAUUA